CACUCACUUUCUUGAAGAACCCAACUGUAAGAUCCUGAUAUAGUUUAGUUUCCAGGUCAAUUCACCCCUAUAAAUAUGCAUCAUUCAUCAUCUGAUCCUCUGUAAAUUAAACAAUUUCAAUUCUAGAAGAUUACAGAGCUUCAAAGUUUUGAGGUCUGUAAUGGCCUUAAAGAUGCAAUCUUGCCCACUCUCUCUUCUUUUCUUGCUCGCUAUAACCGCAUUAAUGAAGGUUAUAGCCAUGCCCAGCACUGGCUCUGGUACUGUGCCUCAUUACAAGCUGAAUGCGAGUGAAGAGUUCCUGGAGGAGCACAACCAAGCAAGGGCGGCGGUUGGAGUUCCACCACUGCAGUGGAGCCCAAGCCUUGCGACACUGACGAGUAGGCUAGUGAGGUACCAAAGGAACAAGAAAGGUUGUGGAUUUGCGGUGUUGAGUCACAGGGGAAAGUAUGGAGCGAACCAGCUGUGGGCGAGUGGGUUCGUUGUGACACCACGUGCGGCGGUUCAGGCUUGGGUGAAGGAGAAAGACUAUUAUAACUAUACUAACAACUCGUGCGCGCCGCAUCACAGGUGUGGUGUGUAUAAGCAGGUGGUUUGGAGGAAGUCUUUAAAGGUUGGAUGUGCACAAGCUGUGUGUGAAGAAGGGGGCCAUGUCACCCUCACUAUUUGUUUCUAUUCCCCUCCUGGGAAUGUGAUUGGACAAAGCCCAUAUUAAGAUGAUUUUCUUCUUUCUUCUUCUUCGUAAUCUUUUGUUCUUCACAUUUGUGACUGUUAACUCGCUAGAUUAAGCUCAGUUAGUUUGGAUUUGUAGAUCGAGGUAGACAGUAAUUGAAAGCAACUAAUUUGCUUCGAA